GCAACAAAGCCAGGUUCAUUUUUUAAAGUCUUUUAAAAAAACUGCAAAGUGCUGCAAAGAACUGAUUACUGCUGCUUACUCUUGGCUGCUUUUAGCAAACAGAUUCUUCUGUUUUAAACGAUAUAAAACAUUCAUAGUAUGGCCGAAAAGAAAAAAGUACUUAUGAUUUGUUUAGGCAACAUCUGUCGGUCGCCUAUAGCAGAGGCUGUAUUUAGCGAUCAAAUAAAUAAGUUGGGUGUAAGCCAUUUAUGGGAAGUGGAAAGUGCAGCUCUUAUAGGGUAUCAUACAGGUAAAGGUCCAGAUCACAGAGCUAUGUCUACACUAAGGGAAAAUGGUAUUACAAAUUAUUCACACAAAGCGCGACCUAUUACAGAAAAUGACUUCAACAGAUUUGAUUGGAUAUUUGGAAUGGAUAAUAAUAACAUUCAUGAAUUAAAUGAUAUGAAACCUAGUAAUUGCACUGCUAAAAUUGAGCUUCUUGGAAAUUAUGACCCGCAAGGAGACACUAUAAUAAGAGAUCCUUAUUAUGAUAAUAACAGUGUUGGAUUUCAUAAAGCAUAUGAACAAUGUGUCCGUAGUGUAAUAGCUUUUCUGGCAAAGCACGAAGGUAACAAGUCGUGAUUAAGGUAAAUUUUAAGAAGUCAUUAUUUU